AUGACCCAGAAAGAUCAUCUUCUCGUCGAAAUCGGCCGUGGCAAUUGUGGCUCCGUCUGGGCCAAACGCCUCUCCGAAGUCGACGACGACGACAACGAUAACAAAACUGUCAUCAAACGCGAGGAUUGUAACACCGGCCGGUCAGUCACCAAGGAACACGACAUCCACAAACACAUCCUAGCCCGUUUGACAGCAGCAACGAUGGCAUCGAAGUCAGACAGCAACCUGAUAACAGGAUACCAAGUCAACAUCCCCACCGCCAUCGACUUCAUCGCCUCGACUUCCCCCGAAUGGGCUUCGCUUCUGCCCCGUCUCCCCAAAGACUGCAAACCCUGCAAGGCACUCAAGAACGAAAGAAUCCCGCCGAUGCAGCAACACGUCCGUCAACUCCUCGCCCAAAGAUUUCAUGGCGGUGGUCACGGUGGACCCCGGGGCGAAAAACUCGCCGCCGACCUCCUCGAUGCCGUGAGGACGGAGCAAAACUGUUUGGUCCGUCCUUUCCUUGGACGACGCCGCCUACCAAGAGACAGACCUCGGAUGAUAUCAGUCGUCAGCUUCCGCAACUUCCCGCUCCACCUCGAUCAGAUCGAAGAACUCGGGCUUCCGGUGGAGGAGUACGCCAUGGCCAUGGCCGACAUGCUUGCUUUCCUUCAUUGGGAGGCCGAGGUUGACGCGGCGGACGUGGAGUUUGUUCUUGCUCGGCCCCGACACCAGCCAGCUUUGUCGUCGCCCCCACCCAGUAUCGGCUCCAAACCCUUUACCCAAGAAGGAGUCUUCGGCCCCCACGCAAUGUGGUUGCUGGACUUUGACUGCUGCAAGAAGAUGACGAUCCCAACCGAAGACGAUGACGAAGAGGCGGAAGUCGCACAUCUCGAAAACGUGGCGAAAGCUUUUUGGAGGAAUGAUCCGUGGUAUCCUAGACCUCCUGACAAGAACCGUGCCGGCUCGGAACACUAUGUCGCGGACGGACAGCUGUGGGAGAAGUUCAAGAGAAGGUACAUGGAGACGAGCGGGGAGAUUAUGGAGGGGAAUGGGAAAGACGAAUGGGUGAGGGAGUUGCCGGGGAAGGCGAUGGACAUGAUUGAGAGGACGGGGGGGAGGUGGAAAAAGAGCGUUGUGUGA